CUAAGACAAGCACACGCACACCCACGCUGCCAGCCUGCCACACGCUUGACGCUUCCAACGCAAGGAGCUCCGCUCAGCUGCUCAUUAAUCCGCACGCACUGCGCUGCGCCACGCCGCCCAGUAUAAGCUCGCCUCUCCCAAGUCAGCCAGCCGGCCGCCGUCGCACCUAGCUGCUCGUCCAGCCGAGCGCGGGGUGGAGGGCCAUGAAGCAGCCGGCAGCGAGCCCGGGCCGCGCGGACAAGCCGCAGCUGCUGGCGCCGGCGCCGCCGGGGCUGGCGCGGCUGCUGCUCAGCAAGAGCCGCCGGGGCGGGCGGUCCCGCCGCGCGCCGGCCACGUCGCCCAUGUUCGUUUCCCGCGGCCGGAGCCGCGCGGCGGACGGGGAGCCGUCGUCGCCCAAGGUGACGUGCAUUGGCCAGGUGCGGAUGCGCAAGGGGAAGAAGGGCAAGAAGGGGGCGGCGGCGGCGGCCAAGGCGGCGGCCGCGCCGGAGAAGGGCGCCAGGGGGUACUGCCGGUGUCUCAAGAAGGCGCUUUUGUGCGGCGGGCUGUUCGAUUUCGACUCCAGGAAGCGGAGGCAGAAGGCCCCGUCGCCGGAGGUGGAGAGGGCACGCCGGUCGCCCUGGGUGUUCAGCAGCAGGGACGUGGCCGUCGCCGCCGUGCCCAAGGCGGCGGAUCUGAGGAGCGGGAGCCAGGGGGAGGGGCGUGAGGACGACGACGAGGAGGAGAUGGUGGUGGGCGUGGGCGUCUUCGGAUCGAUCGGGAGGGAGGAGGGGGAGAAGAUGGGGAUCGGUGGCGGCUGCGGCAGCGAGAAGGAGGACGGCGACGACGGGCGGGAGGCGCAGCUCGUGUCGUCGGCGAUCACGACGCCGCCGAAGAACGCGCUCCUCCUGAUGCGCUGCCGGUCCGCGCCGCAGAACCGCACGUCGCCGCUCACGUCCCGGUUCCCCGCCGCGGCGGCGGCACCGGCGCCGUCGUCGCCCUCGCCAACCACGGACGCCCUCGCGGCGAUAGCGCUAGAGAUCGCCGCGUCCCCGUCUCCGUCCCUGUCCCCCCGCAAGCCGGACAGGGCGUCUCCGACCCCGCGCAAGCCGUCCGUGGAGAAGGCGUUUGCCGACGAGGACGGCGGCGAGAAGGGGCAGGUGGGAGCGGCGGCCGCGCAGGAGCAGCACCCGCAGCUGACCGGGGCACGAGAAGUGGAUGACGAGGAAGAAGAAGACGACGACGAGUUCGAGGAGGAGGAGAUGCGGUGCUCGUCGGCGCGGCCGCUGGUGCUGCAGCGGUGCAAGUCGGAGCCGGCGACGACCGCGGCCGCGAAGAUGGCGUCGGGGGCGCCCGGCGCGGACGCGACGACCGCCGGGUGCUUCUGGGCCCACGGCGGGAGCAGCGGACGGAGGCGGCACGCGCCGUCGGCCGCCGGGGCGCCGGUGGCCUUGACCGGUCACUGAGGCCGGAGGUCGCGGGACCGGCGGGUGGGGUGGGACCCGCCCAUCAGUAUAAUCGUUUUCCUUUUGUCUGUUGCUGUUAGUAAUUUGCUAGUAGAGUAUUGGUAAGCUGUGUAAUACUUUUUGGCUUAGCAAGUCUUCCCUGUUCAUGUCCCCCUAUGCAAAAGAUGGUGCUCCUCUGUACAAAUAGCUUCACCUCAUUGCCAUGAAAUUUUCAUCUCUGUUCUUUUUGCGUA